AUGUGUGUUGCCCCGCAGAACUCCAGCAUGAAGAUCUUCCUACUGUUGGCAAUGAUCGUGGCCUUUGGUCUGCUGCCAGCCCAUGGGGAUUGGAGAGUUUUUGUAAACAUGAUUAAGACACUAACAGGAAAACAUGCACCAACUGAUUAUGGCUUCUAUGGUUGCCAUUGUGGCUUUAAAGGCCAAGGAUCCCCCAAGGAUGCAACAGACUGGUGCUGCUUUGUAAAAGACUGUUGUUACAGCCGGCUGAAGAAAGAGAAGUGUGAAACCAAACGUCUGAGAUACAUGGCUGAUUAUAAGGAGAACCAAAUCAUCUGUGUCGAUCAGGACGCGUGUAAAAAACACCUGUGUGAGUGUGAUAAAAAGACUGCCCUCUGCUUUAAGAACAACAUUGACAGCUAUAAUAAAAAAUACCAAUUCUACAAAAGGAAGAACUGCAGUGGCAAGACCCCCAAGUGUUGA